GGGUUUUAUUCCUCCCCCCCGCUAUUAUAAAUCUCACUCUGCAGUGCGGGAUCUUGGCCCGCACGGCGCUGCCCUCUGGCUUGCCAGGAACCGCCGCAGCCUCCCCCCCUCGCCGACGGCCGCCCGCGAGCAUGGCGGCUCCAGGCGGCGCGACGCGGCUGGACCUCUCCUCGGGGCGCCCGCUGGACCUCUCCGCGAGGCUCCACGGCAGCCCGCAGGCCUGGAAGCCGGCGAGCGACACCAGCUGGCUUCAUGAUGCCCUUGCGGCAAAGCUGCCGCCGACACCUACGACCACCCCGUCCAACCGAUGUGCCACCACAUGGAUCCCCGAGGCCCGGCAGCGACACCAGCUGGCUCAUCAAGCGCAAUGUUCCGAUCGAGGUGGCGCCUCUGCGGUCGCCGCCUGGCGUCGACGAGUUCCCGGGCGCCGCGGACCUUGAGGACGCCCAUGGGGAGGAGGAGCCUCCAGAAAUGCGGCGGACACCGUGAAGAGCUGCAAGGCUACCAGCCCCAGCACCUCCUGGGCGUCCGACUCCGAGGAGGAGGAGGCGGCGCCCCGAGGGCACUCCCUGCUGCCUCUGCGCUCCAGCCGAGCAGCAGGCGGCCAGGCCGAUCUCGUGGCUCGCAGCGACAGCUGCCUGGAGGA